UCACUACGUUGGCCAGGAUGAUCUCAAUCUCCUGACCUUGGCCUCCCAAAGUGCUGGGAUUACAGGCAUGAGCCACAGCAUCCAGCCUGUCACUUCUUCAAUAGGAGGCCAAAGUGGCCUUGAAGCUGAGUAGGAGUCCCUGGGAGAGAACAGAAAAAUGUACAAUGGAUGAGAUGGUCACAGGCACUCUGGGUAUCCCAGUAUGGUGGGAACCAGAGCUUUGGGGGAAGACAGAAACGUGGCAGAAAAAUCCAAAGAGAAGCAAACACAUGGAGGCACAAGUUUCCUAAUCUAGGUUCAAUGCAGCCAGCAAUAACCCUUGUCUUCCCAGUCCUCUCCAUCACCAUGCAUACAUUGGACAUCCACAACACUUCCCAUCCUUUCUGAGCGUAGGCCUCAGAGACUUAGCCACUCCAGGCUCGGUUCACCUCAAUAUCAUCUUGGUUGUAGGCUCAGCUCUCUCCCUCAAUGACAUGCACUGGUUGACACAUACCACAGUGUGACACACCAUAGGAUGCCACGAGGUACAAAGGGCAACAGAAUGACACAUACACACAUAUUUAAUCAUCCCAUGCACACGCUCAUCCACCCACUCCAUACACAAUCCAGACACUCUGCAUCCCUCAAUCAUGCUUCUAAGUCUCCUGUCAACCGUCGCCACCACCUUCCUGACACACUGCCCCAGGCGGUGACUGUGACAAGGUGACUCCAUGACCCUUUCUGACUUGAGUGAAAUUCCAAAAUUCUUUGGAAAGUUUCCUCACAUCCUUCACCAGAACAAGGAGUUUCUGCACGUACCAACACACAAGAGGAUGCACCCUCAGAACACAGCACAUUCUCACUCCCACCCAUAUUCAUGUUGUCCCACUUCACAUACACACACACACACAGCCACUUGUCCGCUCCUUCUGGCCCACAUGAGCAAACUGCCUGCUGCUUCAGGUUUCUCUCCACCGCUAGGCUCCUUUUGGUCAGCUCACCCCCACAACUCAUCCCCGGGAUUUCCCUGACCACAGCCGCCCUCACGCCCCCGUCUCCCCCUUUUCCUUCUCUGUCCAGCCAUCGGGGGUUCCUGGGCGGUUAAGCGUCUCCCCGGAGUCGCUGCCCAGAACCACAGCUUUCCUUCCGACAGUCAGGACGGGGGAGAGAGGGGACGUCGGAGGGGCCCGGGGUGACGUCGAGGGGACAACCCCACCGCGGGUGGCGAGGCGGGCUGGGCCCCUGGCGGGCUCUCCCCGCAGCACACUCUCGCCGCGCCCCCUGGCGGAUGCUAGUCCCCGACGGGCUCCGGACGCUCAGCUGAGUGAGGCGAGCGCGCGUGGGAGGGUGUCCCAAGGGGAGGGGUCCGCGGCCAGUGCAGGCCCGGAGGCGGGGGCCACCGGGCAGGGGGCGGGGGUGAGCCCCGACGGCCAACCCGCCAGCUCUCGGCUCAGACGGGCGGGAACCACAGCCCCGCUCGCUGCCCAUUGUCUGCGCCCCUAACCGGUGCGCCCUGGUGCCACAGUGCGGCCCGGCGGGGCAGCCUCCUCCCGUCACUUCAGCCAGCGCCGCAACUAUAAGAGGCGGUGCCGCCCGCCGUGGCCGCCUCAGCCCACCAGCCGGGACCGCGAGCCAUGCUGUCCGCCGCCCGCCCCCAGGGUUGUUAAAGCCAGACUGCGAACUCUCGCCACUGCCGCCACCGCCGCGUCCCGUCCCAUCGUCGCGGGCAACAGCCAAAGUCGCCGCAACUGCAGCACAGAGCGGGCAAAGCCAGGCAGGCCAUGGGGCUCUGGGCGCUGUUGCCUGGCUGGGUUUCUGCUACGCUGCUACUGGCCCUGGCCGCUCUGCCCGCAGCCCUGGCUGCCAACAGCAGUGGCCGAUGGUGGGGUAUUGUGAACGUAGCCUCCUCCACGAACCUGCUGACGGACUCCAAGAGUCUGCAACUGGUACUCGAGCCCAGUCUGCAGCUGUUGAGCCGUAAACAGCGGCGUCUGAUACGCCAAAAUCCGGGGAUCCUGCACAGCGUGAGUGGGGGGCUGCAGAGUGCCGUGCGCGAGUGCAAGUGGCAGUUCCGGAAUCGCCGCUGGAACUGUCCCACUGCUCCAGGGCCCCACCUCUUCGGCAAGAUCGUCAACCGAGGCUGUCGAGAAACGGCGUUUAUCUUCGCUAUCACCUCCGCCGGGGUCACCCAUUCGGUGGCGCGCUCCUGCUCAGAGGGUUCCAUCGAAUCCUGCACGUGCGACUACCGGCGGCGCGGCCCCGGGGGCCCCGACUGGCAUUGGGGGGGCUGCAGCGACAACAUUGACUUCGGCCGCCUCUUCGGCCGGGAGUUCGUGGACUCCGGGGAGAAGGGGCGGGACCUGCGCUUCCUCAUGAACCUUCACAACAACGAGGCUGGCCGUACGACCGUAUUCUCCGAGAUGCGUCAGGAGUGCAAGUGCCACGGUAUGUCCGGAUCCUGCACGGUGCGCACGUGCUGGAUGCGGCUGCCCACCCUGCGCGCAGUGGGCGAUGUGCUGCGCGACCGCUUCGACGGCGCCUCGCGCGUCCUCUACGGCAACCGCGGCAGCAACCGCGCUUCGCGGGCGGAGCUGCUGCGCCUGGAGCCGGAAGACCCGGCCCACAAACCGCCCUCCCCCCACGACCUCGUCUACUUCGAGAAAUCGCCCAACUUCUGCACGUACAGCGGACGCCUGGGUACAGCGGGCACGGCAGGGCGCGCCUGUAACAGCUCGUCGCCCGCGCUGGACGGCUGCGAGCUGCUCUGCUGCGGCAGGGGCCACCGCACGCGCACGCAGCGCGUCACCGAGCGCUGCAACUGCACCUUCCACUGGUGCUGCCACGUCAGCUGCCGCAACUGCACGCACACGCGCGUACUGCACGAGUGUCUGUGAGGCGCUGCGCGAACUUGCCCCCGGGAACGCUCUCCGCGAGCCCUCCCCCAAACAGACUCGCUGGCACUCAAGACCCGGUUAUUCGCCCACCCGAGUACCUCCAGUCACACUCCCCGCGGUUCAUACGUAUCCCAUCUCUCCCACUUCCUCCUACCUGGGGACUCCUCAAACCACUUGCCUGGGGCGGCAUGAACCCUCUUGCCAUCCUGAUGGACCUGCCCCGGACCUACCUCCCUCCCUCUCCGCGGGAGACCCCUUGUUGCACUGCCCCCUGCUUGGCCAGGAGGUGGGAGAAGGAUGGGUCCCCUCUGCCAUGGGGUCAGCUCCUGACGGUGUCACUCUGCCUGCUCCAUCGCGGCAGUGACCUCUCUGCCUCUCUUCUUCCCCUUUGUCCUGCGUUUUCUCUGGGUCCUCCGAGGCCCCUUCCUAUUCUCCUGCCACGGGUGCAGACCCUGAACCCACACCUGGGCAUCAGGACCUUUCUCCUCCCCACCUGCCGCUGAAGCAGGAGGUUCCAGGGCAAAAGGGCAGCUGUGAUGAUGUGGAAAUGAGGUUGCGGGAACCAGCAGAAAUGCCCCCGUUCUCCCAGUCUCUGUCGUGGAGCCAUUGAACAGCUGUGAGCCAUGCCUCCCUGGGCCACCUCCUACCCCUUCCUGUCCUGCCUCCUCAUCAGUGUGUAAAUAAUUUGCACUGAAACGUGGAUACAGAGCCACGAGUUUGGAUGUUGUAAAUAAAACUAUUUAUUGUGCUGGGUCCCAGCCUGGUUUGCAAAGAACACCUCCAACUCAACCCUAUCCCACUCCACUAUUCUCUUUUUUCUCCCUGCAGCCUUUUAUGGUCCCUCUUCUCUCCUCAGUUUCUCAAAGAUGCGUUUGCCUCCUGGAAUCAGUAUUUCCUUCCAUUGUAGCUAUUAGUGGCUCCUCGCCCCCACCAAUGUAGCA